AUGGCAUGGCAUCUACUUCAGGUGUCUAAGGAUAUUGAGGAGUACACCAUGAGCAGUGAUCUGCAUAACUUCCACCGCACAAGGAGAUACCGCGGUGAACUAAACGCGAUGUUGGAGCUCGAUAUCCCGCUGGACAACAUUUUUCAUCCUCGUCCCCAGCUAAUGUCUUGGAGGAACAAGCUGGACGACAAAUUCGAUCGGUACUGGACAAUCUUGGGAAAACAAGGCUACCAUAUACGACAGCAGGAUGCCGACAAAGACCAGACCAAGACCCAACCAUCUUAA